GGGUUGGUUUUAUUUCCACACAACUAAUUUGAAAGCUGAACAUUUGAAUAAUGCUAUCUAGCUCUCUUCAAUCUGCCAUACGGUUUCGGUCUGGAAUUUGACUCGUCACUGUCAAAUAGGUGCAAUGCAAAUCAGCUCACUGUGUCUAUAGACGUAGGCUAGCUAAGAGUAUCGACUGUGAGAUACAGCACCAACCAGAAGGCUAAAUAAUUGGCCUAGAGUAUCUCGGAAUUCCAAGGCAACAUUAGCUCCGAUCGUAGCAUAUCGCAACAUUGUUUAAAAUGGCUUAUUCGCAAAUUAAGACACGGUAUCGAAGACAAAGAUAACACCUGGAAUGAACGGAGUUGCAGUACAUGACGCUGUUCAAUGUAACGUUGUAGACAACAGUGCCACUUAAAACCAUAUUACGCGGUCUCAAAGAACACACAUUAAACAACAUGUUAUUCACGUCUCCAUCUUAAAAUAGGAUAUAGUGCUUUGUUUCACAGACCGACGGAGAAAGUGAGAGAGCAGGCAAGCAUUUACGGAAGUGAAAGCGCGAGGAGGCGGGUGUGGUUUGUGAGGGAAGCAGAAUCAAGGGGCACUGGGGGUCCUUUCUACAUGAGGAAGCGUUCAGUGUAGUGUAACCUAUGGGCCUCCUUUAUUAUCAGAAGAAGCAGAUUAUUGAUGUCGCCGCUGCGCAGCCGCUCCUCGAACCACCCAUUACAUCCAUGUUGUCUACGAAGAAUCGGCGUCAGCAAUACUGACCGAACAUCUUAGAUGUAUUCUUGUUUUUUCUUAUACAUUGGUCGGAUUUUUUUCCACGAGGAAUAUGGAACUUUAAAUGGCUGUUGUGUAUGCAGAAUGCUUUUUCGGGCUGUCAGCAACCGUACUAUAUAUUCGUAUUAAUGUUAUGUAAGAACAGAGACCGUGAGUGGUGCCUCUUGUACCCAAUUGAGGAGUAAUAAUGAAUAACGCGCAAGAUAUGUCUCCUGAUUUUGUCUUAAUGCGCUUGGUUUCUGCGGCUGAAUAUGACCGCUUGGACGAGGAGAAUUUGAUAUCGGGCGGUGGAGUGGUUUCCGGAUUCGGGAAGGCUGUCUUGGGUCAUCAUGGCAACAAUAUCAACAAUGGGUUUGAAUUUGAUCCGAACAACCCCACAGCAGGCCCAGCGCAUCCAGGCAAUUCCUCCCCGCACUAUAGUUCACAGCUCGAGAGCGGGACAGGAGCCCUUGACAGCGGCUUGCUGCUGACUCGACCAUCGGCGUCUGAUGCGCCUCAACCACUCGACUUUGCCGUGGCUCAGCGCUUCGAUUUCCCGCAUGGUGCGGGCCGAGGCUCCCGGGCUCAGCUCAUGGUGUUUCAGAAUCUUCUUAGGACAAGCGACGGUAUCUUGGAAUGCGGCCUCGAGCAGCCGCCUGCCUUCCAGGUAAGUGAGGCUGAGAAACAGGACUCAAACUCUGCAGUGAUGACCAGUAGUAUGACUGAAAACAACAUAGAUGUGCAAAACCAAAGGAUUCAGUGGCACCCCAUGAUUAAGCUGUCCAAGGUGGUAGCGGAAACCAAUGACCCAGCUGGAGAGGGAGGUGGUCUCUGCCAUCGGCACCGUCUUGUAACCGACACCAUGGACUGGCCUCCACUCCUGGAUAAGUCCCACACCUUUGGCAUAAUGGACCCCAAAAAGCCGUGCUUGACCGGGGACCCCAACCACUGCCAUCUAGAUGACCCGGUGCUGAACCUAGCCAGAAGGCUGGGCGAGCUGGGCCAGGCUUCAGAGCUGCUCCUGAAGGAGGGAGGGGAGAUUCCCCGCUGCUCCUGUCAGAGCAUCCUGGCCUCGGCCACAGGCAGCAUGGGCCCCGGGGAGGACCCCAGUGAGACCAGUGACGCCCUGCUGGUACUGGAGGGUCUGGGUUCGGAGGACGUGGGGGAGCUGAACAUGGGCGGCGGCGAGCAGCUGAAGGGUGUCGUCCCCGGCCAGGAGGGUGAAACGGAUGUGCGGCGGGACGGCCGGCGGGCCUUCUCCAGCGGUUCCCUCACAGGGCUCAUGAGGCAGGUGCACAGGCUGGCCGGGGAGGGCUGCACCUGUAACGCCCAAGUGUGUCAACCCUCUCUGGAUGCCCUGGGCUCUGCUGCGCCUUCGCCGUCCUCCCUUACCUCUGACACCGCCGCGGGACACCAGGCGGCAGGAGCCUCUGUCAGCUCACCGUCACAGGAACCUCCCAGUCAAACCUCCCAGUCCCAGCCUCAGAGCAGGGCCACCACACCCAAGCUGGGGGUGAUGCUGCGAGCCGCCUCACCCUUGGUAGUGGAGGGGGCCGCUGGGGGUGAGAAGACGACCAGAGGGAAGUCUAGGAAAGGCUCCCUGAAGAUCCGUCUGAGCAAACUUUUCCGGACCAAGAGCAGCAGUGGGGCCAGUCACCUGCUUGACAAGAGGCCCUCGUUGGCUUCCUCCACCUCCUCUGGGGGGAGUCUGGUGGACGUCUGGGGCUCUGGAUCCACCAGCACAGACCAGGACACUGGGAGCAGUAAACUCCAGCUCUCCAGGCCACAAAGUGCCUUCUCUCCAGUGGCCUUUGGUCCCGCCUUCACCGGUGAGACUGUGUCCCUGGUAGAUGUGGAUAUUUCUCGUAGAGGGGGGAACUCUCUGCACCCCCCAACCCCUCCACCUCCACCCAGACGAAGUCUUAGUCUGCUGGAUGACUUUGCCGGGCCGCAGCAGCCUGGGCCUUUCCUGGAGAGUGGCCCCGGGGCCUCCAUGCAGUCGCUGCCCCUGCGGGCUGCCCCUCCCUCCCAUGCCUUCAUCCAGCAUAGCCUCAGCCUCAAUGACACAUUCCUGCGGGGUCUUCCCCGACCUAUCCCGCUGCCCAGCGACGUCCAGAACCCGUCCAGGGUGGACCAGCGCCCCCUGCUGUGCCCACUGACCCGCCCUGAUGCCAGCAAUUUUGCCACUAGCCUCCGAGAACUGGAAAAGUGUGGCUGGUACUGGGGCCCAAUGAACUGGGAGGACGCCGAGAUGAAGCUGAAGGGGAAGCCUGACGGGUCGUUCCUGGUGAGGGACAGCUCCGACCCCCGCUACAUCCUCAGCCUCAGCUUCCGCUCCCAGGGAGUCACACACCACACACGCAUGGAGCACUACAGAGGGACCUUCAGCCUGUGGUGUCACCCCAUUCUAUCCUUCUUUGUUUCCAGGGACCUUCAGCCUGUGGUGUCACUCCAUUCUAUCCUUCUUUGUUUCCAGGGACCUUCAGCCUGUGGUGUCACCCCAUUCUAUCCUUCUUUGUUUCCAGGGACCUUCAGCCUGUGGUGUCACCCCAAGUUUGAGGACCGCUGUCAUUCCGUGGUGGAGUUCAUCGAGCGCGCCAUCAUGCACUCUAAGAAUGGCAAAUUCCUCUACUUCCUGCGCUCGCGGGUCCCAGGCCUGCCCCCGACCCCUGUUCAGCUGCUGUAUCCAGUGUCCCGCUUCAGCAGCGUCAAAUCACUGCAGCACCUCUGUCGCUUCUGCAUCCGCCAGCUGGUCCGCAUAGACCACAUCCAGGAGCUCCCACUGCCCACGCCCCUCAUAGUUUACCUGCGCAAGUUCUACUACUAUGAUCCCGAGGAGGAGAUGUACAUGUCAAUCAAGGAGACGGGGCGGGACCCCACCACCGCCCAACCAGCAUCCGCCCAGCGGGAGUCUCACACGUAGCGCCCGGAAACAUCGCUGGAUCAAGUUUUUUUUUUUUUCUACAACGCGGACGGCUCGCCUGAGGACUGUUGACGACUGUGACGGGGGAACGCCCUGGCUCAGACACCCUUAUGCCGGACCGCAGCCGACGUGGACAGCACUUUCGGUGUCAGGUUGACUCGAUAUCCAGGCAGUUGGGGCUGGGGGUUUCAGAUGAUCCACCCUCCUCCCUUUUUGAUUGGCCCACAUGAAGUGGAGGAGGGGCAGGGGAUGAGAAAACUUCAUCCACCGGGCCUGUGAAGAUCUCUAAUUGGCUGAACUGGAAGAGCUGAUUACUUACUGUUGUUCUGACUGACAGAACAGUCCCAGCUAAAACUGGAUAUCUCUGCAUCCUUGUGGAAAUGCCACACUGAAGAAACGGACUGAGAAGAAAGUGAAUUGAAAUGUUAACACUUUAGCUGAAGGCUAAGACAGUAGCAUAAGGGUCGAAGUAUGUAGAACCAGAUUAAAGUUUGGAAAAAGACGCACUAUUUCUGCCCCUGCUCUGACAAGGUCUGGUCAAAGGGACAGCUCGUUGUUUGGACUUGAAAUGCAGUCUACUGGGAUGAUUUUUGUGGUUUCCACUUUAAAUAUUUUGUUGCCACAUAUUUGAUCUGCACCUUUUGAAUUGACUGUGUGAGCUGUAGUGUGUGUGUAUGUGUGUGCGCAUGUGUGUGCGCAUGUGUGUGAGUGAGCGUGUGUAAAUAUUGUAUGUUGGAUUUAGCUGUUUGUGGCUAACCAGAGACACUUGCUGGUGUACCGUCACUGGUGGGAUGUCAUGGUUGGCUCUCCACUCUGGAAUCCAACUAGAAUUCCCUUGCUAGACCAGCAAAUGUGUUACCAGAAUAAAUAUGAAUAAAACAGUUGAUGGAAUCUAAACCUGA